CGACUGUCACAGCCAAACAAAAGAUGAUGUGGUGGCGGCGAGUGGUUGGAACAGUGACGGUGCUGGGCACGUCUGUGCCGCUUGCAGCUGCGGCUGCAGCAGUGACGACAACAGCGAGUGAUGACAGCGAUGGUGCUGGGAGCCAGGGAUCACAGGGAUCGCGGGGAUCGCGGGGUGGCCAGGUUGUUGAUCAGGACAAAUCGACGGUGCAUUUGGAAGAUGGGCGAGCGCUGCGGCUGGUGCAGGUGCAAGCGUACUUCCGCCACGGUGCACGCACUCCAAUUCACGCCAUCCCCGGGGAGGUGGACGAGGAGCACUGGGACGAACGCCUCUGCGCUGCACUUCCAGACAUUGAGCGGCCUCUGCGUAUCACGGGGCCAGAUAACCAACCCCGACCAAUCUGUGCAGCCAAUAUGCGCCAGAAACAAACACGCCUUCCUGGUGGCUGCCACAUUGGAUGCCUCACGUUGCUUGGGAGACAUGAAGCAUUUACGCUUGGACAGCGGCUGAGGGAACAGUACAUGGACGCCUUUCACUUCCUGCCGUCCAUGUAUCAACCGCAGGAUGUAGCAGUUCGGUCGACCAACUUUGAUCGCACCAUCGAGACUGCCCGACUCGUCAUCUCGGGCCUCUACGGCACCAAAGGCAUGCAUGCCCACGUGACCACCAUUCCUGUGGAAGAGGAGUUUCUUACGCCCAACACCCGCGCCUGCCCGCGCCUCCGUGAGCUCUUCGUCGAAGCCCGCAAGAACCGGGAGGCCGACCGCCACAGCGCCGCAAAGCAGCUGAAGCAGAGACUGGCGUCGCUGCUUCGCGUGGACGGAAAAGAGGUCCACUUUGUCGGAAUUCGCGACGCCCUCGUUGCUCGCCACGCCCACAGCAAGGAGGUUCCAGCGUUCCUUGAUGGCUCUGUCCGCAAGGCCGUGGACCAAUACGCCGUUGAUGAUGUCGUGUCUCUCUUCAAGUACCACCAGAAGGAAUCCCUCACGCUCAGCUGCGGCCUGCUCCUCAAGAACAUGUUGAGUCACUUCAAGAGCGCCCAGGACCCAACCCAGGCGCAACCACGCAUGCGUAUGUUUAGCUGCCACGACACAACGCUGCUGCCGAUGCUGCUGUGCUUUGGCAUCUUUGAUGGCAAGUGGCCACCCUUUGCCGCAGACAUUUGCAUCGAGCUGUAUCGCGAUGAAAACAGCGUUGACGACCACUAUGUUCGCGUGCUCUACUGUGGCGAGCCGCAGCGUCUCCCUCUGGCCACCGACCACUACUGCUCCUACAAGACGUUUGAGGGCGCGCUCAAUUCGCUGGUACCAGACGACUUUAAGGAGGCGUGCAAGGUUGCACGCAAGCGCGACGACCCUGCUACUGCUGCUGCUGCUUCCCAGAGCAGUGAUUCAUUCAAGGCUUGAUUGAUGGAUUGAGUGCUCCUCGGCGACCAGUGUCGUGUUGUUGCAUGCUUGUUUCGGUGUUGGUGAGCAGAGGAGUAAACCAGAAAAGGGGA